CGGGGAUAAGGGAAGAGGAAACACGUAGAUCCACAGCAGCUGGAGGAGGAGCGGUGUCUGUCCGCUGCUGGAUCCGCUCCAUUGUUCCUUCGGAGCGGCCUGGUUCUGCAGGAUUUCCCCCGCAUGCUAAACACGGGCAUCAUGGAGGAAUUUGUGACCGAAGAGGAAGAGCCUUGGUACGACCAGCAGGACCUGGAGCAGGACCUCCACUUGGCGGCGGAGCUGGGGAAAACUCUGCUGGAGAGAAACAAGGAGCUGGAGGAUUCCCUGCAGCUGAUGUACAUCACCAACGAGGAGCAGGUGCAGGAGAUCGAGUAUCUGUCCAAGCAGCUGGACGUUCUCCGGGAUAUGAACGAACAACACGCCAAAGUUUACGAGCAGCUUGACGGGACGGCGCGGGAACUGGAACGCACCAACGUGUCUCUGGUGAUCGACAGCAAGAACUCUCAUCAGAAGAUAGAGAGGUUGACCGGCACCAUCGAUGCUCUGCAGGUCCAGGUGGAGACGCUCUCCGGACAGGUGGAGCAGCUUCGCUCCAUGGAGCAGCUCCGAGUCCGCAGGGAGAAACGGGAGCGCCGGAAAACCAUCCACUCCUUCCCCUGCCUGCGAGAGCUCUGCACCGCACCCGGGUAUGAGGAUCAGUUUGUGGUGGGUCGGGCAGAGAGCUUCACGGUGGAUGCAAAGCGCCCUCCGUUCGAAGAGGAGAACCAGCACCUGCGGGAGGCGGUGUCUGCGCUGCGAGGCGCGGCCCGGACAGAGAGGGGGAGACGGGAGGGAGUCGAGAGGGAGUGCAACCUUCUGCUGGGAGAGUUCUCCCGCCUGCAGACACGCGUGCAGGAUGCUGAGAGCUGCCAGGCGAGGGUCCGUGAGCUGGAGGUUGAGCUUCAGGAGCUUCAGCAGCUUCGUCGCGCUCGGACCUUCCUGAUGAGCAGUGAGGACGACGGCACCACGAUAACACAAACCGUCCUGAACAGCACGCCGGAGACAGACACCUUCCUGGAGGUGGAGGUGAGCGAGGAGACGGGGGGCGGCGUGCGAGAGGCGAAUGAAGGCGGGGGGAAGAGCGUCGGAGGGGAAACUCUCCCGGAGUCCAGCCCCGUGAGGAAGAGCUGCAGCGACACGGCGCUGAACGCCAUCGUGGCUCGAGAUGCGUCCGGGAGGCGGAGAGGAAGCUACGCUCUCCACGCCAAUAGUGUGCGGAAAAGAGGCAUGUCCAUCCUGAGGGAAGUUGACGAGCAGUACCACGCCCUCCUGGAGAAAUACGAGGAGUUGUUGGGGAAGUGUCGGCGCCACGAGGAGAGUCUGUGUCACACCGGAGUCCAAACUUCACGACCCGUCUCCAGAGAUCCGUCCAUGAAAGACUGCGCUAUCGGACCCACGCCGGCGCCGCCCUCCACCCCGACGCAGUCGCCCUCCACCCCCGAGGCCAUGGAGAGCAUCAGCAAGCAGGUGGACGCCGUGGAUAAGAGGCUGGGACAAAACACGCCGGAGUACAAAGCGCUUUUUAAAGAGAUCUUCUCCCGGAUCCAGAAGACCAAGCUGGACAUCAAAGCUACCAAAGUUGCUAAGGCGAGCAAGUCUGGCAAAUCGGGCAAAUCUAGUAAACAGUAGUGGUUUAAAACACGUGGGGGCUCUAGAGAGGAGGGAAAUGUGUUUCAGUGUUCAUAGAAAGGGAGUUAAACUGCUAAACUUGAGUUCAGUUCUCUUAAGAGGUCAAAUAAAAGCACGCUGUUUCAUCGUGAUAAUUCGCAGCCUUCACGAGAAUCUGAUUAGCAUGUAAGACGUUUCAAUCAUAUCUGAAUUAAGUUCACCCUAGAGCUGGGUAAUACUACAUAUAUCACAACAUUUCUAAAAUAAAGACCGUGAUUCGUUAGCACGUUAGCCUUUUCGUGACUCGUUAGUCACAUGACUUCUGUGUUACUCUCGCAAGUUGUUCCUGAUUACUAGUCACUUUAGUAACUUGUUCGAGUCGACAUUCAUUCAUGAGUCGGUGAGUCCAUUGUAAACCACAACAUUCUUGUCUUACAUGACGAUACCGAUAAAACAUCGAAACACGGUUUGGCUCUAGAGGACGAUAACAUGCUAUUUCAGUGUUUGUAGAAAGAGCGUUAAACUGCUAAACUUAAGUAUAGUUCACUAAGAGGUCAAAUAAAAGCAUGGUGUUUCAUCCUGAACUGAUCAUUCAGCCUUCACGAGAAUCUGAUUAGCAUGUAGUACGUUUCAAUCAUAUAUGAAUUAAGUUCACCCUAGAGCUGGGUAACCCUACAUACAUCACAACAUUUCUAACCUCAAUCUCAAUAUUGUAUCAGAUAAAAAAGGGAUGCCAGCUGUAAAACUUCAGGAACGACAGCGAGACAGGAAACUUAAUUUAUAAAAUGAAGACCGUGAGUCGUUAGCACGUUAGCCUUUCGUGACUCGUUAGUCACAUGACUUCCGUGUUACUCUCACAAGUUGUUCCUAAAAGCUAGUCACUUAGGUUUGGUAACUUGUUCGAGUCGACAGUCACUUAUUAGUCGCGUGAGUCAAUUGUAGACCACAACAUUCUUGUCUUACAUGACGAUACCGAUAAAACAUCGAUAUAUUGCCCAGCCCUCAUAUUCAGCGUUCCUACUCAAUAUUUACCGGCUUUACUGCCUUACUCCUAACACAUAUCACUAACACAAUGCUAACUAAUUAGCCUCUCUUUAGCCUCACAAGUGCACUAAAUGUCAAAGCUUAGAAAUGGAUGAAAACAUGGAAAUCUAAUACUGACAUGAACUGAGGUUUAUUAUAAUGGACUCUACUAACAUGUGUAUAACUACAGUAAGAGAGAUGAAUCCUCUCAGCGCUGUCUGUCUCAAGAACUAACUCCAGUUGCUAAUAAUCCUCCUCUCUUAUAUUACACAUUUAAAUGAGUCUUUAUUGAUGAUUGCUUCUCUUGCACCGUUCUCUCUGUGACCUUACUGCUCACGUUCGUUGUGCCUCACCCUUUAAUGUUGAGAUUUUGCGGAAUAGAUUUAUUCCAGAUGAGGAGAUUGAUAUCCCUGACAUGUCUUUACAGCAAAUAUGAAGCUACAGCCAGUUAGCCUAGCUUAGCAUUGUGGUGGGAGUUUAUAUAUCAAAUGUGGAUAUAGAAUCAAACCCUUCAACAAAUCUGCUUAUUAAGAACAUUUCCCAAGCUUAGCAAAGACGUGAAAGCCAGUAAAUACAGAUAAACAUUAGCAAAUAAGAAUCACACAAUGAUAUUAUUAAAGUCAGUAAGGGAGUAUAAUAUUGUUCUUUUGGAAGCUAGGAAACCGUUAGCCUGACUCUGUUGUGUGUUUGUAUGCACCAGACUAUUUUGUUUGCCAGUGGGGGGUAAUCUUGAGAAACUAGCAAGAGUUUAGUAGAUUUGAGAAGUAUCGAAAGGAUAAAUCCAUACCGAUUUCCAAGCUAGCAGCACUAGCUACAAAAGUGGCUAACUAGCAGAAAAGCCGCAACACUAAUUCUUAUUGAGCAAAAUGAGAACGUCCGGACGGACUUAUUAAAACUUCUUCACGCAGCUUUAAUUCGCUGUUAGCUUUGGACGGAGCUAGGCUACUUUACCCUUAGCAUAGCGAGCUAACAGACUGCUAUAGUAUCUUUGUCGGCAAGACAGCAAAUAAGCGUAUUUCCCCAAAAUGUUAAACUACUUUAACAUGCCAGAGGAAGUCAGAUAAGAGGCAUGCUAAUUGGAAAGAAAGCCAGACGGGAAACUUAAUUUACAAUUGUGAUAUAAAUACCGUUUCCUACCAAUGUGCAAAAGUUACUUCAGCGCUUUGAGGUACAUCUACAAUACAGGCUUUGGACGGACUUACUAAAUCUGCUUUUAUUCGCUAGCUUUGGCCAGGCUAGUUGUUUACCCUGUCUGUAGCUAAGCAAGCUAAUGUACUGAUAGCUGUCUGUAGCUAAGCAAGCUAAUGUACUGAUAGCUGUCUUUAGCUAAGCAAGCUAACAUACUGAUAGCUGUCUGUAGCUAAGCAAGCUAACGUACUGAUAGCUGUCUUUAGCUAAGCAAGCUAACGUACUGAUAGCUGUCUUUAGCUAAGCAAGCUAACGUACUGAUAGCUGUCUUUAGCUGAGCAAGCUAACGUACUGAUAGCUGUCUUUAGCUAAGCAAGCUAACGUACUGAUAGCUGUCUGUAGCUAAGCAAGCUAACGUACUGAUAGCUAUCUUUAGUGAAAGUGUGGUUUAUACCUAUCGGCAUGAAAGCAAAAAGGUGUAUUUCUCAAAAUGUGAAAUUAGUUUAAGAUGCCUUAGGUCUAGGAGAUCAGAUACAAAGGGAUGAGAUGCAGACGUGUGUUUUGGUUUGUAGCAGUAUGUGAUAUCUACAGGUUUUAGAAAAAGAAGAGGAAUGGGAUUAAAUGGACAGCAUGAAGAUUAAAACUAGAACUUGGACCCUUUUUUAAGAAAUUGGUCCAAAUGUGAUAACUGAUUCCUUCUUAGCUUUUUAUACAAGUGUUGUAUUUCUCUUUAAUUGAAGCUAAACAGACGCACUGUAACCAGUAGACCUAUAAGGAUUCAAACAGGGCUUUGUCUAACACCUAACCGUCUUACCAAACCUGCAAACAUAUCGCACCUUUUUCCACAAUAUAGCCUUUUUCUGGGUAGCCUCUUAUGUAUGAACCUUUGACAUAAAAAAUGUUAUUCCAGCUCAUUUUACACUUAAUUUGUGAAGAUACAAGUUGAAAAUGUUGCACAGCGGACAAAUGAGGGACCCUCUACUUGUGUUUGAGGCAAAUUGAUAAAAACUAAGGAUGCACUAAUAUUGAUCUUUAGAAUAACAUGUUGAACUUCAAUGCUAGCCUACAACGAUAUGUCACCCCUGCAAAUAUUGGUGCAUCCCAAAUAAAACGAGAGGAAGAUGGUUUGCCUGCAACCUGGUACUGAAAUCUGAACGAUGAAAGAAAGGUUAGUUGAUUGUGGUACCGAAUUCUUUUGGAUUUUGGUGCACGGAGUGAAUUUAAAGUCAUGUCUUAUGAGUGUGUAGACGGAGGAAUAUGUGAAUAUGUUGAACAAACCAGAGCUUGUUAAAGUCUCACGAGGUUCCUGUACUCUAAAGUCUUACCUUUUGCACUUGGCGCUUAAUCUUUGCAUAUUUAGGAUAGCUGAUAUGAAAAUGUACGUGUAUUUAUUUUUGUCUGAAUGUUUUUUUUACUUUUCCAGUGCCUAAAUGUGAAUGUCACUAACAACCUGUCGCCAUAAACUUUAUUUAAUUUGCUUUACUUUUAUCAUCCACUUUAAACAUGUGCAUUAUUUUUUAAGAUAUUGGAAUUACAGUUUACUCUACUCUUGUAUUAAGUUCGUCAUUACUGAACUACCCUGUUAAUAAAGCAUAC